ACCGCUGGACGCGUGCGUGUUUUUUUCGUUCGUGAACGCAAAGACGAUCCGUUUCUUUCGUUGGUUGUGUAACCACUUCGCAAAUUUUUUGUUUCCCCUUGCCACAGUGAUCAGGAUACGCUUGCGUUGAGCUCUGCUGAAUCAGGCACAUAGACGACCGUGGUGCUGAAAAACAAGUAGAGCUACCUACUGAAUAAAAAGAGCCCUAGAUUUAUCAACCCCCUUGUAGACCUAGACCCGUCAUUGGUUAGGAUCAUUUGUUCUUUCGUAGCACCAUCAAUUUUACCGAUUUUGAAUGACUGAUCCGCAUUUUAGGUCGAUGCUAUUUUUUCUUUGCUUAUAUGUCGAGCACGAAUGAACGCUAGAAUGAUCCUGAUCACAGGCAAGAAAUGUUGCAGCUGCAUGCCACCGAUCAUCUGCGAGAUUUUGUUUAUUACGAUGAAAAUUCAUGCAAGGCAACGGCACGAGCACGACCAAAGUGCGCGAUAUGAAAGUAGCGUACUUCUUCUAGCUAUGUAAGAAGUACUUCCUUGUCAUCAAAUCCAUCCCAGAAAAUUUAUUAUGCAUGCUCGGCAUAAUUAGCUCGUUCAAUCGAGGAAAACCUUUGCCGAAAUAAAUGAAAUCAAUGGCACUACAAACGACAAUUGCCAGGUAUAAAUAGAGAAUAAGACGAACGCUAGAAAUCCUUCUGCGCCAAACGCCAGACAAGAGUCGGUUUUUUUUGUACUAGUUGCUUCCGUUUUGCUACUUCGUUUUCCGCGGCCGCUUCGGUGGUAGUGAAAAUGUCGUGGUGAGACGUCGGGUCGAUGUUAUUGAGUGCAUAGCUUUCACUAGUACGACUUUGGAGCAAGGAAGCGCUGCACCUGAGUGUUUUUCUUCUCUCUGUGGUAUUGGUGUAAGCCUUUACACCUCAACGCUGUCUGGUUCAACUUGCAUGCAGACAGCGCAGCACUGACUCGAUGUGGAUGCUACUACUUCCAGUGCGGUUCACUAGGAUAGAAACAAAGGCUUUGUAUGGGACGAGCAAAUGCUGAGUGUUCAGUGGAAAACUUCGACGCAUGUACUUAUCGCACUUCGACUGAAAAACAGGCACACAGGUGAAUUUGUGAGAAGAUUGUACAGGAACUCGAAUUACUAUGUAUAGCACCACCAAAAACGCAGAAUAGGUAUGUAGAAAUACGCAGCACUACUCCUCGUUUGUAUGUGUAAGAACAAAGAUGUUGACCCACGUCGCACUAUGUAUGCAAUCGAAACGCUCUCGAGCAAAUUUUGUAUCUCGGGGGAAAAGAAUAAGAAGACAUUUUUUUCUCAUACGUGAUCUUAGCACCUGCAGUUUUUUCCUCAGCAAAAAAUGGAAUUUCCAACAAAAAAACUGUAGCCCACGAUUUGAUUUUUGUUAGAGAUGCUAAGUGUCCGGGAGCCCAUUCAGUAAAAAGUAGUUUCUUACUCUUUUGUAUCAAAGGCUCGGAGGAAGAAGAAGGUCUAUGCAUACCAGACCGUCUUGAAGCGCGCAUGGAAGCACAGUGACGGCUGCAAGCGACUCUUUUCAACACUGGCCGUGUGUGCUUCUGCAGCAGCGCAACCCACUUUAUGAUUUUUUUUGGUUUAAGUAUUUAUUUUUAUCCGAUUGUUGUAUCCACCUACCGAUUCCGAUCGCAAUCCCUAACGACCUUUGCUGCGGUUUCGUGUCGCUAUCUGGCGUUGUGAGUGCGGGCCUGCUUCGAAACAUUCUCAUUUCCUGCUGGUGGGUCACAGCUGGCGACGAGCAUACGCACCCGAACGGUUCCCACCUUUGGAAUUGCUACGCUGAAGUCGAGCGCGAUCCUGGACAGUUUUAUCGAGCGUCGUUGCGAUUUACCUACGUCGACGACGGUGGCUUCUAGGACGUCGAGUACGGAUUCCGUCCGGGAUUACGAUUAUCACUAUAAUUGCUCGACGGAACUACAAGCUACAACUACAAGUCCUCAUAUCGUUUUUUUGCACGACACACCGAACGCAAGCGAACGUAGUAAGUCGUCGAUAUGAAAAAAGUUGCGGUAGAGUGACUGAUGGUUUGCAAGUUUUACUGGUGUCGUCACUCUGCACGACAUCGCACCGAAGGAAAAUACGUCUGAUUGCUCGCAGAAUGGAAAAAAAUCGGUCUUUUCGUGUGGAACGUACACGUGAGAUAUCAUCUGACGCUAAGGCAAUUCGUAUAGCACCAGCUCGUAGCAACGGAAACUAGCAUCUUUCAUGAAAGCGUGACUUGAUUACAACUACAUUUCUAUUUCCAAUCCCUAUCUCACACAGUGAUCACUACAGUUGCGUCGAGACCACAGACCUUCUGUAGUACCUCGACGCUUCGAAGACUAUGUAUACACCCGCACCACACCACUUUAAUAUUGCUUUGAGAUGCAGCUGUGUAUGAAAAUGAAGACUCUAGAAGGAACGCACGUCGUCGUGAGGCCUGAUAAAUCUCCAGAUCGCAGUGAAUGGAAGUUUUAGACGCUCUUGGUAGAUCAUAUGCUUCUAAUUCGUCGUUGUAAAUCUAAAAAUGUUUCGUUGUCGAAAGCGCUACACCUACGCAUUGCUGUGGACCACAAUCAUCGCUAAUACCUCCUUUCACUAAUCCUAAGCGCAGUUGACAGUCAUUGUAUUCUAUUUACGGGACGAAUCGGACCCCUCAGCAGAAAAAACGAAACAAAAUGGACCGCGGGAUGAAAGAGAUUGUGCCGAUUGCGGCCUUUUUCCAAAUUUCAUUUUCAUUUUUGAAACAUCAAGAAAUUUUUUCCACUUAAGCUAGACACGACGACCUUUUUAGGAGCAUCAAGUCUUUAACCUCACGACCCACACAACUUGUGGGAAGAGUUGUAGCCGAUUUCUCAGCUACCUCUCUGAAGACAAGCAGACGAUACUUCUUCAAGUUCUACCACCAGCACACAAAGGACUUUAACAAGAACGACUGAAACAACACGACCCUGGCGGCAACAUCUUUCUCGGUGAACAACUACUUCGCGGCCCAGAAAAACUAGGUCUUUCUGAAGUCCCUUGUCUCGUCCGCGCAAAGCUACUUAAAACAGCGAGGAUGUGGGGCGCGCAGACGAUGAACGCGAUGAACCCGAACAUGGGGGUGUACAGCACCACGACCAUGUACCAACAGCAGCUCCCCGGCGUGCAGAUGCAGAUGCAGGUCCCGCCACAGCAGAUGCAGUACCAGCAGCAGCAGCAGCUUCACCAACAUCAGCAACAAAUGCUCGCGCACAUGCACCCCAGCAUGUCCAGCACCAGCACUUUCCCCCCGAACAGCAGCAGUACCACGACGACCACAGGAGCGAACCAGCAGCAAAAUCAGCAGCAGACCAUGGCGGCAACAUCUUCUACAAACUCCAAUUCCAAGUUUAGCACGGUGUCCAAAAGUAAUUCACACAAAAGUGGGCCAAAGAAAGAGAUGGACAGCUUACUCGAAGAGAUGAAAAAGCGCCGCGAGGUCGACGACGAGCGCAAACAGAUUAAAAAGGAAAUACAGCAGGCGUCCAGUCCGGAAGAGAGAGAAAGACUGCAGAAAGAAUUGCAGGACCGAGACAUGCUCUUCUCCGCCCUGGAGUCACAGAAAAGCCGCGGUGGGGGUGGACCCGUUGCUCCGGGUGGUCUGGGUCGGGGCGUGAACUUUGACCCACCAAAUCCCGACCUGCUGCAGCCAACGACAAAUCUGUUUCUGCAGUCCCUCCCCGGCGGUGCGACGGAAGAACAGGUCUGUGCGCAAUUCAAGCGCUUCGGGAAAAUAGCGUCCGUCAAGGUAUAAUAACUCUGAUAUUUAAGAGCUCCUUGCAGUAUUUUUUUCUGCACUUUUAGGAGGCUAUAGGCAAGCGCAAUCGAUCGCAAAAGGGGCAUCGAUAUGAGACUCUAUAUACUGUGUCGUGAAAGCUGCCGGCACUACUUCCAUUCAUCGUGCCUGCUGUAAUCAAAAUCAUAACCAAUUCCCGUUACGACAAUCAAUUCCUCUCCCCCAAACAAGGUCAUGUACCCACGGCAUGUGGUAGAUACGUCGCGAACCACACUAUCCGGCUUUGUUGCCUUCUGCACGCGUGAGGAAGCGGAAAACGCCCAGCGCGAGAUGGAUGGCACGAUGUGGGAGGGCGUCACCUUGCGGAUUGGCUGGGGGAAAGCCAUCCCCCGAGCCCAGGUCGAACAACUGCUGCGCCAGGAGGACGCACUCCCACAGGCCGUGCAGGACCGACUGGAGCGCAUCACAGUGUGCAUCCCAAGGGACCGACGUGUCAAAUCCCGGAUAGAUCGCUUGUCGCGAAUGGUCGCGACCGAGGGCCACUGGUUCGAGCAGGCCGUGAUGGAAAAGGUGCUGCCAGAAAGACAGGAAUUCCAGACAAAAAGGCAGCAGGAGUGGCUCGCAGAAAACCCCGGCAUUACGUCGCAGCAACCGCCAGCAUUUCCGCACGAGUACUUCAGUUCUUUCGCUUUUUGAUGUAAGUACUGCUACCAACUUAGGAGGCUUCCAGAAGAAGUUUAAGUCAGUAUAGUUGUGGGGAAGAAACAUGUUUCAACUCAUCUUCUAUCGAUCGUGCUUCGUGACCCUGGCGGAGGAAAUCAGAUCGUGAUCAGUGUCGUGUACGCUGUCGCUUGAACAUCGGCCGCACAGAUCCUCGGUAGGUCGAAGAUUCGGUUCUGCCUAAGUUCGGUGUUUCUGGCGACACGUUGAUCGAUGGAUGACUGGAUUUUCUCUAUUCAGUUUGUUUUUCAUGUCAGUUUUAUCAGGUCGUGACUUUUGUCAUGUCACUUUAGUUACAUUCGAAUUCGAUUGCCACACCCACAUUUUCCAAUCAAAAAACUCAAAAAAGUUUCGAAUUUCUCUUCGACCAUGAUUCGGAGAUUAAUCGUUACUACCGGUGGCGUGUCUAUUCCCUGUCCCAGGGGGAUACGGUCCGCGAAUGGCGAACGGAGGCGUUUCAGAUCUACGUAGGCGGGCGACUCUGGACCCCACCGCCCUGUGAGUGGGUGGAGAAGAGGCGAAAAAAAGAAGAGCAGCGCGCGCUUGAGCGAGCAAAAGACGAGCAAGAGGAACGAGUAAAAAAUGCAGGAAUUUGUUGGAUUCGCUUUUUUUUUUUUGUUUGCUCUUGAUUGUCCGCUCGUAAUUUGAAUUUGGAUUCAUCGCAUUCGUAUUUCGUCGCUGAAGUUUGAAUUGCUAGACAACAAACCUCUUCAGGACCGGCAGGCCUCGGGUAUUGCGCUGGCUAAGCGCACCGGCCUCUUGUCCGAGAACGAGCGGAAAUCGCUCGAAAACGUCAUUCGCAAGCUGACGACGACCCGCAGGUCUAUCCUGGAGGGCAUGACCUACUGCCUGGAUUUGCUCACGCAGAAUGCCAACGAGGCGGUGUCCAACGAGGUUGUCGAUUGUCUUGUCGAGGCGCUUACCAUAAGGGAGACCACCUGGGGGAACAAGCUGGCGAGACUCUACCUGGUGAACGACUUGCUUCACAACAGCAGCUCCCAGGUCCUGAAGUCCAGCUGGAUGUUUCGCCGAGAACUGGAAAAGGUUCUCCCCUCGAUCUUCGAGCACCUGGGCACCUGCCUGGACGAGCUGGAUCACAUUGCGGAACACGGGACUUCAAACGACAAAACCGAUGAUCCCUUCGACAUGACGGAGGUGCCGCUCAACUCCGCCCGCGACAAGCCGAGAGCGAAGGUGACGGUCUUGUUGAACGCCUGGGAGCCCAUCUUCGGCCGCGGCUACAUGCGCGGCCUGGAAUGCUCGGUGUUCACAAAUAGGGUCAGACCCUACAAGGAGCGCGCGCACGACUCGUGUUACGACGGGAUGGGGUGAGAUUUUGCGUUUUUGCUUUGCUAUUGCUAUUAACUCAACACCCCAGCAAAUAUGCAGAUACACAAAUUCAGCAACAGUCCUUAGGAAUGAAUCAAUCUUAUACAUUCAUCAACUCACCAACCCGUCCACAUAUAGGUUUCCAACCUGGCUCCAGCAGAGGCUCCGUGACUGGGAGAGUCAGCACUUCAGCACGCUGGAGAAAGUGUGCCGAUCGAAAGGGCUCCCAUGGAUAACAAGCGGGCUGACUGAGGCCUAUCCCGGAGAGGGACUGGAAAGAACUAGACAGGCCUGGUUGCUUGAUAGGCUGGUAAGAAGUGCUUUUCUACUAAGUGUGGUUGGCGUUGAAACUCUUAUGGGACAUCCGAUAGUGUAUUUUUUUGAUGGCUAGACUGCAACGGCAUACAUGCGAUGCUUCACGCUCAUUUUCAUCUCGUACUGGACUUUGCCAUGUAUAUGUAUGACUUCAGGUAAACUACGAGCUGUACUGGGCGAAGAACGGCGGCAGUGUCGAUGACGUUAGCAGCCGCGCAAAUGCCAUGUCUCCGGAGGGCGAAAAGAUCGAUCGUGAAAACUGGGACCCGGAGCUCGACGGCCGACCUCUGGAUGACCUGUUUGACCUGCCGAGCUGGCAGGAUCUGGAUGACUGGAACUGGAUCGAGAUGACAAUAAGGGAAGUCAACGCGCAGGACGGCUUCGGAGGACACCAAAUGGAGUCCUUCUCCCGCGAUGGUGCACAUGUCCUCACUUCUUCAAGAAGUAACAAGCGGGACAGGCAUCAUUCUGGCGCUAGCACCACUGCCUCGGGCUACAACAGCGAAGAGAGCACGCAGGGCUGGCAGGAGGUCUCCGCCGAUGGCGGCGUGCAGCAAUCCAUGCUCCAAAGACUAAGCAACCAGAGAAGCCAGGACGCGCAGCUGGAGCGCGCACUGGCAACCUUCGACGAAGAUCUUGGAGAGGUACUUACUGGAUUUCUUUGCAACUACUUUCGUGGUAGUACCCUACUUUUAUGCUUUUCAUCCAUACUGUUUCUUUUCGCUCUGAUUUUUGAAGAAGAUGCCAACCGCCCCAAUUUUUUCCUAUAUUUUCCUAAAAACAGUCAAACGCGCUCGCGGAGUUUUUGGACGGCGCGCCGAUGGCGGACGGCGAGCGCGACAAGUGGGACGAAGAUUCGGAUUCCGAGAACGAGAGCAGCUCCCGCGCCAUCCACCACCAAGGUCACGCCGCGCAGAACGCCCACGAGGUCAGCAUGAUGAGCGCGAAGUUGGACCACAAGGCCCGGCGCGAAGUGGAGCUCGAGGUGCAGACCUACAGAGAAGAUUUGGAAGACAAGGAAGAAACGCACAUCGAGCAAAAAGUAGACGCGCGAAGACGAGAACUCAUCCUCGAAGCGCUGCAAAGGCAGAGAGCCGCCUCGUCUGUGAUGGCCAUGCUGGAUCAAGACAGCUCGUCGAACGGCCGGGGAACCUCCCGGUCAAGACGAAAAGCGGCAAAGAGCAACGGGAAUAGUGUGAGUGAAAGGACGAGCAAGAGCGACCACGAAAGAGGAAGGAAGAAAAAGCGAAAAGAAGAUGGCAGAAAAAGACGGGCAGCCAGCGACAGCGAUAGCAACGCCUCAAGGUCACGCUCCCCAUCACCACAACAAACCUCGAAGAAGAAAAAGAAAAAACAGCGACACUAAACUUUUGAUCUUUUGACGACACAAGUCUAUUUUCACGACAUGAUCAUGACGACACGACAACGCGACCUUUCUUACAUUACACUUAGGCCCUGGUGGUCUUCGUCUCCGUUUGUUUCCAGGUGAAGAAAGAGAAACGAAGGAAAGAUAGUGUGACGAAAUGC